UAGAAUGUAGCCCUGCUUUACGGCAAAUAAAUUUACAAUGGAGUGUGUAUGUUUUCUGAAGUAUAUUUCACAAUCCAACAGUUAUACUAAAAGAUAACUGUAGUGUUCUGUAGUGUUACAACAUAUAAGUUUUCGCUUUAUAGCUGCUAGUUGGGCUGUCUGUGAGGUCAAGAAGCAAAUGGAAGUUGGAGAAUAAUACGAAAAUUAACCGAGGUGUCUAUAGCCGCAUUGUUGUAAUGGUAUUUUACGGCUUUUGGAGGAGCCUAAAUUAAAAUGAAGUCUAGGGAUUAAUCUGCCUGCCUUCACAGUUAUAGCGCGACUCUAAUUUUAGGGUGGGAAUGAUCUUAAGUUGGGUGUCCCGUGGUGCAUAGGGCGGAACUAUCAAAGGUUAUUCAAAUUUUGGAAAAAAGGUGAAACCUUUGGGAAUUAAGGAAAGUCAUUUGAUGGGCUCCAUACAUUGAGCACACCAACCCGCUGGACAUGAGUGGGUCUAUAGAUAUUGUUGUUCGAACCCAGAGCCGCUUGGACAACAAGUGGCUCAAGACAGACCUGCAGAAAAUUUUGAAUCCAGAUGGAUUGUCGCAGCUGUGGAAUGAAAUGGUCAAGGACUGUGAGCUGACUGGACCUUUCAGCGAUGGCUUACUCAAUGCUGUUGGUAUCUUGGCUCACAAAGGGGAGAGCGGCCACUACUACUGCGGCCUGCGUGUGCUGACGUGCCCGUGCUGCGAUGGCAUCUGCGGGCCCCAGACGGGCUGCAACUGCUCUGCGUGCCAGCGUCUGGACCAGGAGGAGGCCACGCGGGUCGAGAUGAAGGCCUACAACCCUCCGCCAUCGCAGCCCCAGAUAGACAGCUGGACCUGGGGACCCCAGCCGUCCUUGAACCAGCUACAAAUGUGCAUGCGGUCCCUGAACUUCGAGCAGAAGGAGCUUUGCUAUGAAGCGGCCAACAGCACGCUGUCAGCCACCAGGUUCAAACAGAGACUGAUGAUUGCUCACAGAUAUUUUGUUGCUCUGGGUAGACAUUUGCCCCCCGACAGUUCCUCUGCUUCCAACAAGACGACAACCUCUGCUGCAUCGACCGAUCUGAAAAGCUCAAAGUCGUCAGAGAAAGCUGCACUGAGUCUGGCUAAAGUUGGGUCGAGAGCUGCAAUGAAUUUCUCGUUUGCUUUUCUUCGCAGAGCUUGGCGCUCAGGAGAAGACACUGAUCUCUGCAGUGAACUGCUUGUGGAAUCUCUGGAUGCUCUGCAGACACUUCCAGAGUGCACACUGUUCGAAGAAAGUUCAGUUUCGCCAGUGUGGCUUGAAGUGGUUGAUCGCUCUGACAAAUUCUUGCGUCAAGUAGUUUUAGGGGACAUGAACAGGUGUGACAUUCCUGUGUGUGAUCAACACACGGCGCUGUGUAUAAUCCUGGAGCUGGCCAUCCAGCGAGGAACUCUGGGUAACAUGCUGGAUGCCGUGUUGCUGCUGCUGAACUUGUGGAACAAGGGAAAAUACGAGGCUGACAACAGAGCCAAAACAUCUGGAACUUGUGCACCACUGGUUCCAUUGCUCAAGAGGUUUGAGCAAAUCAUGUGCGGGAAGUUACCAGCACAGAACAUUAUUUGGGAUGAUAAUGCACAUUUUAAGGUAAACCCAACAGAGUGUUUUCUGAGGUUCCUACAGCUGCCAAGUAUUGACUCGGCGUUGGUGGACCUAAAACAAGCAGCUGUCGUCCUUGUCUCACAUCUCGACCGUCUGGCUAGUCCGUACCUACCACCAGCAACAUUUAGUAAGAACUUGGGGCAGUGCCAGGAGGUGCUGGCAUGGGGCUGGUUGGUGUGGAGCAGCGCCACCGACGUGGGGAUGUCACCGCACUGCUGCGAGGCCAUUGGGGAGCUGGAGAUAGCCCAAGCAGUCAGCUCCGAGCGCUGCGUGCACAUGCUGACCACCUCAGGGAAGGUUUACAUCGUGUACUACAGCUCUGAAACCCAGUGUCCACAGCAGGUAGAAGGGUUUGCUGACAAAGAAGUAAUUGAAAUAGCAUCUCACCCUGACGGCAAGCACUUCCUAGCACUGACGUCUGAUGCGGAGGUGUACUCGUGGGGCAGUGGUGAUGGUGGCAGGCUGGGUCAUGGGGAUAAUAACUCUCGAGAAGAACCAACCACCAUCCAUGCCUUGGUCGGGAAACAUGUUGUCCACAUUGCCUGUGGUAGUACUUACAGUGCAGCCAUCACAGCAUCUGGUGACAUGUACACGUGGGGCCGUGGUAACUAUGGUCGUUUGGGCCAUGGAAGCAGUGAUGACUACAGCACACCCAUGCUUGUGGCUUCCUUGAGAGGUCACAAAGUAGUGGACGUUGCUUGCGGAAGUGGCGAUGCCCAGACGCUGGUCGUCACCGAUGCUGGUCUUGUGUUCUCCUGGGGUGAUGGUGAUUAUGGCAAGCUCGGGCGAGGGGGAAGCGACGGGACCAAGACCCCGAAGCUUGUCGAUGUGCUGCAAGAAGUGGAAGUGGUGAAGGUGUACUGCGGUGCCCAGUUCAGCCUGGCCCUGACCAAGACCGGGGAAGUGUACUCCUGGGGCAAGGGCGAUACCCACAGGCUGGGCCACGGCACGGAGGAGCAUGUUAGGUUUCCCAAACUUAUUGAAGCACUGCAAGACAAGCACGUGGUUUCCCUGGCGGUUGGUUCAGUGCAUGUCCUUGCACUCACCGAGGAAGGGGAGGUGUAUGGCUGGGGAAGAAACGACUAUGCACAAGUUAAAGAACCAGCGAGCUCCAGCGUCUCUGAGCCGACACUUCUCACUUCUCUCAAAGGCAAAGCUAUCAUUGGCAUUGCGUGCGGCCCAACUCAGAGCUUCGCGUGGAGCAGCAGCAAGAACUGGAGUGUGAGCCAGCGGUUGCCCUUCGUGGUUGACGUGCGGGAGGAGACAUUCCGCAUGCUGGACCAGCUGCUGGGGCAGGUGCGGGAGGCGGUGGGCGGCCACACGGACUGGCCGCCGUCCCAGGACAAGGAGUGCAUGGCCGUGGCCUGCCUGCACUUGCUCAGGUUGCAGCUCCACGCGCUGAUCAGCCACGGGACGGACGUGCGGGGGGUGGGGCUGGGCCCCGGCUCCAGCCUGCUGGCCUCCCUGAAGCAGCACGUCGUGGAGCUGGCCAGUGGCGGCGGGGUGCUCCCCACGGUGCAGGCAGCUGCGCAGGCCGCGCUGCGGGCGGGCUGGAGCGUGCUGCUGCCCACCGCGGACGAGCGGGCCGGAGCGCUGUCGGCCCUGCUCCCUGACGCGGCGGCCGGCCCGGGCCACCGCUUCAUGGCCGACCUGCUGGUGUCCAGCCUCAUGGCAGCCGGCGGCCUGGAGGCGGCUCUUCGCACCGCCUGUCGCCUUGAACUUGCUGAUGAAGGCGGGAAAGACAAGGGAGCCAGAAAGACACACAUGUCGGACCAAGCACUGUUGGAAACAGAGUCAAAGAGGGCUAAAGAGGCCUCUCUCCAUGAAAAACACAACUCAGCUGUCCCGUUACUCCAUCUAGUUAAACUGCUUCUAAGGAAUGCCACAAUGCUUACGCAGUCCCGCCUUCAGGCAGCUCAGAGCAGUGGGUUAUCGACUAACGAAAACAAGGAGAAGCAAGACAGAUCACCAAGUUUGAAUUUGUUGCUAAAGUUUCAGAGAUUACUGAUAGCUCAGAUAUACUCGCACAGCGACAAAAUGAAGUCUUGGAAUUCACAGCAAGACCAAGAUAUGCUUGGAGCCGAGAUCCUUCUUACUAAAUAUAUAUACAUUUUGUGUGGUCAUGUAUCGGAAAUUCUGCCAGCAGCAUCUGAACUCGCAGCUAUUAGCAGCAAGCAUUUUUCUUUGGUUACAUCAAUACUCAAAGGAGAUGUAAUUGACGUGCUGUUGGCCGAGCUGCUGUUGAGCCUGAUCCUCCUGCAGUUGGAAGCACCGUUACUGCUCCACCACGUCAAGUGGGUACCCUUGCUGUCGCCGCUGGUGGACACACUCGACAAGUUCAACCGGCUUGCUCCGGGGAUGGACAAGGAUGAUGCAGAGGACAUGGCCUGGCCGGGCAUCAUAGCACCUCAGCACUCUGUGUCGAAUCAGAAAACACCAGAAGAUGCACCAAUGAUUAGGAAAGCUGAUCUGGAGAACCAUAAUCGAGAUGGUGGUUUGUGGAUUGUCAUAAACAGGAAGGUUUAUGAUGUUCAAGACUUCAGGGCACAGGCACCUUGCAGUAGCGAGCAGCUCCAGAAGUACGCCGGCCGAGAUGCGACACAAGCCUUUCACGCAGCUGCCCACUCGUUAGCGGCCAAGGAGAUGAUGCAAGGAUUUUUUGUUGGUCACUACGUGGAGCCAGAACAGGAAGUAGCUCAGGUGAUGGACGCCCACAACGUGACCUCGCCGCUGAUGGACCUGGAGAGGAACGUGGCCUUCCUGCUGGGGCUGCACGCUCACUGGCUGGCGCAGAGCACGUCGCUGCAGCCCGCCGAGGAGGAGGCGAGCCGCUGGCUGGACGCAGUGUUCCUGCGCGGCGGCCUGCAGCUGCUGCGGCCGGCCAACCCGUACGAGGAGGAGAAGGGCGAGGCGCGCAGCGCCAGCUCCACGGCCGGCACCACCCCCACCGACCCCGCCACCACCCCCAAGCUGGAGGGGCUGCACCGGCUCAGCCUGGACCGCGCUGCCCCGUUCCUGCAGGCCCUGGCGGAGAGCAGGCCCGCCGAUCGAUGCGUUCAGGCUUUCCUUGCUAUUUUGGAACGUCAUAGUAAACAUCAUCACUUCAUGAUCCCUGGUGAUUUCUCUGCAGAACAUCCUGUAGAAGAAGUUGGACGGCUACUUUUAGCUGUACUCGUAAAGCAUCAUGGCUUAGGAUCACAAGUUAUAGCACUUGUUGAUCAAGAAUUGGAUAGUAGUGAAAAUUCAGUGAAGCUGCCAAAGCAGUUAGUGGACAUUGUGCGUACAGUUCACCAGACAAAGUGGAGUUUAAUCAAAAUGAGACAAGAGCUAAGCAGGUCCUACAAAGAAGUGUGUACUCCAGUUAUGGACAAAUGCAGGUUCCUUCUGUAUGAGGUGCGAGCUGCUACCAGCCCCGAGGUGAAAGCCCUGGAACACCUGCAGCUAUUGCACACGGAGCCUCGAUGGAGAAAGAUUGUUCGGAAUAUCAUAGAUGACAUGAGACUGGCUAAACACAGCCCACUGGCCAAGCCUGAAGACAUUGUGAAUGCCAGUAUACAGAGCCAAGGUGCUGGUGAAGGUAAGAGCAAGGAGUCGGAUGAUGAAGGAGGUGUUGCAGAAUUUGCUCCGGAAGAGGAGAAGAAGGAUGGAGGGAGUGGCUAUGCAGAAACUGAGGAGAGUCCGCAGCAGACUUGGGAGAACACCAUCAACAUUCUUUCAGAAACUUCAGGAAAGCAACAGCCAGUGACAGUUUUUUCUGCUGAUGCUCUGAAAGUCACAUCUGCAAUUGUUGAGUUCAUAAUGCAAGAGGAAGGAGCUGAUGUAGAAACCUUAAGAAAAGUUUUGUAUUGUCAGGUCCAGAGAGCCAGAAUAAGAAUUCAGGGAAUGGAAAUGAUGCAUGAGCUUCUCAAACGAGAUUAUUUAAUACCAUCCAUCAAGUACUCUCUCCUGAAUGGUUGGCUUGGACUGGCUCACAAGAAAAACUUUCUUUGGGAGGAUUCAGUGUAUUGUCUCAAUAACAUACAGUUGGUGAAUCCUUACCAGAAGGUAGAAGUGCUCCUGGCUCAAACAAAGAUUACGUCUUGGGCGGUCGAAGCAUUGCGGGAACAUGUUCAGAUGGCCAACUAUCCCAAGAAGGUGCACAAGCUUAAGGGCAAAGGCUCUCUGAAUCAAGGCACCUACAGCUGGCUCAGAAAGAUUCCAUGGGCAAGGUUUCUUCUUACCAUCUUGGGCAUGCUGACUGGGAGCCAUCAUGCAACUGAAAUUAACCUUAUUGUCAAUUCUGGUGUCCUAGCACUAAUCCAGACUCUUCUUAGACAUAUAGGUCCUGAAUUCCCAGUUUGUGUGGAGACCCAUAAAGAAAUGAAUGCCAUCUACGAAGAUUCUUUUCAGAAAGCCACCACUGCCACUGUUUCACUUAGCGGGCCUGAGCUGGCCAGCAUGAUGAAGAUAGGUACAAAAGUUGUGCGUGGUGUGGACUGGAAGUGGGGAGACCAGGACGGUCCUCCGCCGGGCGAGGGAAGGGUGAUAGGGGAGCUGGGCGAAGACGGCUGGAUCAGGGUUCAGUGGGACAACGGUUCCACCAACUCCUACCGCAUGGGCAAGGAGGAUAAAUACGACCUGAAGCUUGCAGAGCCACCCACGCCGCUCGACACAGAGUCGGAGACGGACGCCCACGAAGAUGCCGGUUCUAGUUCCUUUCUCAAACUACGUUGCAAAGAAAGUCACCCGACGAAACUGCUGAAAAAAGCUUCAGUCACCUUGCUAAGAACCAUCUCUAUUUGCUCCGGGAUAGAAGCUGAUCACACACAGACCUCAGCCACCAGAGUGAUGAGUUCACUGCUCAGAGAAAUAGUUCAGUUGGCAAACAAAAUUUCUGACUCCCCCUCCCAGUCUCAGCUGCUAGCUUUGGACCACCACGUGGAAUGGGCGACCCUAGGGUUCAUCCGGGCCGUCGCAGUCACCCCGGCCAUGUGUCGCGCCCUGAGCACUCAGGCAUGGGUGCAGCUGAUGUUGUCGCUGGUGGGCGGUCAGGACAGCAACAUAACUAUAUUGCUUCCCAAACAGAUUUUGUCAUUACGAUUGAUGCAGACAGUCUUGCCGGCAUGGAAUGUUGAUCCCACUGAAAGAGUAUGCCUCUUGGAGAAACUGUUUCACCUAUUAGGCUACACAGCGUUGUUCUGCCCUACGGAUGCCCCUCAGACCACAGCAUUAGCCCGAGUGUCGCUGACGGCGUCCCAGUCGAGUGCAGUGGCAGAGGAGUGCAUCUCCUUGCUGCGGUCCUUGCACAACUUGCCGGGCUGGAACCAAGCUCUCAACCACAUCCUGUCCACUAAGCUGGUUCUGGCAGGGGACUUGCUCACCGAGGGAUCCCUCUUCCACAUACAGGUGAAUGAAUGUGAAAUAGAACAAAGUAUGGCAAUACAGUCAUCUGUCAUGGCAGCACUCUCGGUGGUUGGCGGCAUUGACAUUAGGCCUAGGAUUGGGGGGCUUGUGUACAUUGACAGUUUUGGUGAAGGCACAGUUUGUCAGAUUACACCACAUGGGAAGUUGGUGAUUCAAAUGCAUGAAAGCGGUGCUAUCAAGAAACUAACACUGCCAAUGAUAAAACCACAGCCACCCACUUAUUUCAACCUUGAUAAGAUGUUGAUGACGGAAAAUAUGUUGAACACUUGGGCAACUCUUGUGUCGUUGGUGACCCACGAGUACUCGGAUCGCAGGCUACCCAGCUCUGUACCUGGGUCGGUGAAUGUGUCGCUGCUGAGGAUGCAGCAGCAGCGACUGGCAGCGAUGAACGCGGUCGGCAUCCUCUUCCGGCACCAGAACCUGCUGCGCCACGUCCUCAAGCACCACAUCCUCGAGUCCUCCUCGUCCUUGGAAGCUCUCAACGAGGGCGAAGAUCUCGAUACAAUCACCGAGAUGUUGCUCAUUCAGAAACUAAUUGCAAAAGCCACACAGCCGUCCCCUCUCAAAGCAGUUUUUGGCAAAACUGAAUUAGAGGCAGCAGCACUCUGUAUUUCCCAGUUCCUUGCUAUCGAGGCUCGGUCCAAGAUACAGAAAGGGAGCAAAGUGGGGACUCCGGUGAGCGAGUGCUCCUUGCCCUCUGCCAUGUCAAGCAACAAAACAAGCAAACAGAAGAAGACCAGGCCGCCGUCACCUGUGCUCUCACCGCUUGUUGGUCAGCUGACUGAAAUGGGCUUUGCACGACGCAGCGUGGAAUAUGCUAUUAAAGCCUUAGGACUAACCAGUGACAUAACCCCCAGUCCAGAAACUCUUGUUGGGUGGCUGCUAGAACAUCCAGACCAUGCACUGUCACUUUCUGACACAGUUUCAUCUUUUGAUGGCCUUUCAGAUUCUGACUCUCUGUCUGAAGAGCUCGAUGAAACAAAUGCCUCACACGUAGAAAGUGCUCUCUCUUCAGGUGGGUACAACCAGCGCUCAGAUUUCCUCAGCAAUGAUGAGUACGCCAUGUACGUGAGGGACAACGUAGCCGAAGGGAUGCUGGUAAGGUGUUGCAAGACUUACGAAGAGGUUCUGGAGGGAGAUGUGGGUCGUGUACUCAAAGUGGACAGCGAAGGUCUACAUGACUUGAAUGUCCAGGUUGAUUGGCAGCACAAAGGUAGUACAUAUUGGGUGCGCUUCAUACACAUAGAGCUGAUUGGAUUCUCGCUCCUCAUGACAGCACAGCACCCAAUUAAAGUUGGAGACAAAGUAAAGGUCAAGCAGUCCAUAAAAAACCCUAAGUACAAGUGGGGAUCUGUGAAUCACAACAGCGUGGGCGUGGUUACUCGCAUCAGCAGCAGUGGCCGUGACGUCACGGUCGACUUCCCGCAGCAAAGCAAUUGGACGGGCUUGAUGUCGGAGAUGGAGUUGGUGCCGUGCUGUCACCAGGGCGUGAGCUGUGAGGGCUGCUUCAUGUUCCCAAUCACUGGCCCUAGGUUCAAGUGCAAGGUCUGCGAGGACUUCAACUACUGCGAACACUGCUUCUACACCAAGAAACUUCAUCGUCACAGCUUCAACCGCAUCACCGAGCCGGGCAGUGCUGCUGUUUUUUGCGGCAAGCCAGGUCGGUACUACAGACAAGAAAUGUCUCUAACCUUGAACCCUGGGUUGAUUGAAGAUUGGUCUAAAUGUAUCAAGUGUCUAACUGUGUCCUCCAGGGAGAUAUGGGCUUACAGAUUGUUUGAUGGCUCUGACAACUUUUGGUUGAGCUGUGGGUCACAAGGAAAGCACUGGAUCCAUCUGGAAAUGUUACCGGAUAUUGUGGUGCACACUCUGAAGAUGACUGUUGAUCCAGCAGACAGCAGCUACAUGCCGUCCCUGGUCAUUGUCAGUGGUGGAGACACUUUUGCCUCACUGCAGGAACUAGUAACUGUUAACAUACGAUCAACUGAUACUGUAGUUUCCCUGUUAUCAGAUGUGAAGGAGUACUACCAGUGCAUUGAGAUUGCCAUCAAACAGUGUCGAAACGGAGGAAUAGAUUGCAAGGUUCACGCGUUGAGCAUUGUUGGUAAGAAGAAGAGCAACGAAGGCCAGGUCCCGAACUCCAUGUGUUUUCUUGCCUCAGACAGCGAGGAUAUUCAGGAGCCAGUGGUGAUGACAGGUCACCAGAAGGGCUACAGCAGACCGGAAGGGCACACCAAGGUGCUGGUCUGGGGACUCAACGACAAGGACCAGCUGGGGGGACUGAAGGGAUCGAAGGUCAAGCUGCCAACAUACUCUGAAACCCUGUCUCGUCUAAAGCCCAUACACAUUUCCGGAGGGUCAAAGUCUUUGUUCAUCGUCUCAUUGGAAGGAAAGGUGUUUGCGUGUGGAGAAGGUACAAACGGUCGGUUGGGCUUGGGUCACAGCAAUAAUGUGUCGCUGCCUCGACAGAUUACUUCUCUAAGCCAGUACGUUGUGAAAAAGGUCGCUGUCCACUCGGGAGGGAAACACGCAAUGGCGUUGACGCUAGAUGGCAAAGUUUUUUCCUGGGGCGAAGGUGAGGAUGGCAAGUUGGGACACAACAACAGACUCAGUUUGGACAAACCACGUCUGAUUGAAGUGCUAAAGUCCAAACGUAUUCGUGAUAUUGCGUGUGGUAGUUCCCAUAGCGCAGCUAUCACUUCCAAUGGGGAAAUGAACACUUGGGGUUUGGGCGAGUAUGGACGUCUUGGACAUGGCGAUAACAUCACCCAGCUGAAACCUAAAUUGGUGAAAGCUCUGUUGGGCAUCCGAGUGGUGCAGGCGGCAUGCGGCAGUCGGGAUGCUCAGACACUUGCUCUGUCGGACGAAGGACAGGUGUUCUCGUGGGGCGAUGGUGACUUCGGCAAGCUGGGGAGAGGUGGUAGCGAGGGCUGCAACGUACCCCACAACAUAGAGCGUCUCAACAACUUGGGAGUGUUCCAAAUAGAGUGUGGUGCGCAGUUCUCGUUGGCCCUCACCAAGUCAGGACAGGUGUGGACGUGGGGCAAGGGCGACUAUUUCCGCCUGGGACACGGCACCGACCAGCACGUGAGGAAGCCCACUCUGGUCGAAGGCCUCCGGGGGAAGAAGAUAGUGCACGUGGCUGUGGGAGCCUUGCAUUGUCUGGCUGUGUCUGAUACUGGCCAGGUGUAUGCUUGGGGGGACAAUGACCACGGCCAGCAGGGCAAUGGAACGACCAUAGUGAACAGGAAGCCCGCCCAGGUGCACGGCCUGGAAGACAUCCACGUGAACAGAGUGGCCUGUGGCUCCUCUCACUCAGUGGCCUGGACCAUGUUCAACUUGCAGUCCCCGAACAUCCAUGAGCCCGUGCUGUUUAUGUCGUCUAGCGAUCCCCUAGGCAUAUCCACUCUCGGGAUACAAGACACUGGCGUUCCCGAAGAUAAGACACAGAUCCAGCAGUGUCUCAGCUUGAAUUCCAAAAAGCCAAAUGUGUCUCUUUCUAGAGUUAUUUUGAACCUAGAUUCGGAUGGCGCAAAGCAACAUGCACUUCAGCAUGUGUUGAACGCCUUGCAGAUACUGCACGCCCGUGAUGCUGUGGUCGCCGCUUUGUCCAGUCAUGCCAAUGUGGGAGGAUAUUUAUCUUCAGGUAUGAAACUCUCAGUGACACCAGACACCACGCCCGAGGGUGUCGUGAGCGAGACCUCUGCUGGGGCAGCGUACGGCGAUGGCAUCGAAAUAGCACAAGGGGGAGGAGAGGCCCCGGCAUCUGUCGUUGAAGUUGUUGGUCUGAGCACGCACACAACACCGGAGAGUGAACAGAGCCCCAAGGCUGCAUUCCCGUCGCUGUCCAGCUCCAUCAGCAUGUCUUCGCGAGCCUCCAAGAUGUCAGCAAGUGCGAUGAGUGUCAUUGCUGCCACCAUGACAUCUAAUGCUCAGGUUGUCGGACAAGCGGAGGAGACGUUUCCCCUCCAGCCACACCUGGACGACUUCACGAGCCUGCUUGGCCAGGACGACGCCCGCAUGCUGGUGGACCUGCUGAAGCUAGCCGUGGCCGGCAGGGCUGUCGAGUCUGCCAAGGAAACCAUCGUCAGUGUGCUCCUAGCAAUGGCAGGUGUCACCACAGACAUACGAGACAUGCUGUUGGAGCACUGUGUGACAGAACUGGAGGAUGUGUCUCUGAACACUCACACAAUACAUCUCGUGCCCCAGCCAGUUGUGCAGGAGAGCAGUCACCCAUAUGUGGAUGACGUCACUCUCACCGGCCAAGUGAAGAUACCAGGUGCUAAGGGAUUGCGUGUGGAAUUUGAUCGUCAGUGCUCCACAGAGAGGCGGCACGAUCCUUUGACAAUAUAUGAUGCCACAGGACGUUGUGUGUCAACACGGUCAGGUCGUGAAUGGAGCGAUUGGUCCACAGAAAUUAGGAUUACAGGGGACGAGCUGCGCUGGAAGUUCACGAGCGACGGCUCGGUGAACGGGUGGGGCUGGAAGUUCACGGUGUACCCGGUGGUGACGUACGCGGGCCCCAGCGAGCUGGGCUCGGACAGGGCCAUACUGUCUCAGCCCUCGGUGGAGCUGGUGGUGUGCCUGCUGGAUGCCCGGCUCGUGCUCAGCCCGGACCGCAGCCUCAUCUCCCGCCUGGCGGCCGCUCUCGCCUCCUGCGCCCAGUUCAGCUCCCUAGCUGCAUCACAACGCAUGUGGGCGCUGCAGAAGCUGCGACGGCUGAUGGUGUCUCGCCUGGGGAAGCUACUCGACAUCCCGGCGCUGCUGAAGAUGGACCACUGCAUCACUACCGACGCCGCUCUGCCGGCCCUUGUCAAGGGUCUGCCCCAGGCCCUGCUGCGGCAGUAUGAGUACGAGGACCCCAUCGUGCGCAGCGGCAAGCAUCUCAUGCACAGUGAUUUCUUCAAGGUUUUGGUGGCCCUGGCUUGUGACCUUGGACUCGACUCCCACCCUUGCUGCUCAGAGAACCAUAAGUGGUCGUGGUUUCGAAGAUACUGUAUGGCAGCAAGAGUUGCCUCUGCUUUGGUGAAUCGCACAGCUUUGCCUCACAGCUUCUGUGUUGAGGUUCGGAAGAAGAUAUCUGAAAUGGCACCAGACAGCAGCUCUAUGGUUUUUGAUCAUGAAAACCAUGAUAUCUUCAAACAGGCUCAUGACGAACAGUUGCUUCUGUGGCUUCAUAGGAGACCCGAGGACUGGACGCUGUCAUGGAGCGGGAGUGGCACCAUCUAUGGCUGGGGACACAACCACCGCGGUCAGCUGGGAGGUGUGGAAGGAGCCAAGGUCAAGCUGCCGACGCCCUGCGAGGCCUUGUCUGCGCUCAGGCCCGUCCAGUUGGUCGGAGGGGAGCAGACCUUGUUUGCCGUCACCGCGGAUGGGAAGGUUUAUGCGACAGGAUAUGGAGCUGGUGGUCGUCUAGGUAUUGGUGGGACAGACUCUGUGAUGACUCCAACUCUUCUAGAGUCUAUUCAGCAUGUCUUUAUUAAGAAGGUUGCUGUUAACUCCGGGGGCAAGCAUUGCUUGGCACUCUCAGCAGAGGGAGAGGUGUUCUCUUGGGGUGAAGGAGACGAUGGCAAACUGGGACAUAGCAACAGAACUUCAUGUGAGCGUCCCCGGGUUAUAGAAGCUCUCAGAGGGAAGGAGAUAAUUGACAUUGCAUGCGGGGGAGCGCACUCUGCUGCAAUCACAGUGAACAGAGAAGUGUACACUUGGGGCAAAGGUCGAUAUGGUCGCCUUGGUCAUGGGGAUAGUGAAGAUCAGCUGAAGCCUAAGCUGGUUGAAGAGCUGCUGGGAUAUCGGGUGAUGGAUAUAGCCUGCGGCAGUGGAGAUGCACAGACAUUAUGCAUCACAGACGAUGACAAUGUUUGGUCGUGGGGUGACGGAGAUUAUGGCAAGCUGGGUCGAGGAGGAUCAGAUGGCUGUAAGAUUCCCAUGAAAAUUGAAUCCUUGGCAGGAUUAGGUGUUAUCAAAGUGGAAUGUGGUUCCCAGUUCUCUGUCGCUCUCACACGCUCGGGAAGUGUGUAUACAUGGGGUAAAGGGGAUUACCAUCGCCUGGGGCAUGGGACAGACGAUCACGUGAGGCGGCCACGUAAAGUGGCAGCUCUUCAGGGGAAAAAGAUUAUUUGCAUUGCCACAGGCUCGCUGCACUGUGUCGCAUGCAGUGACCAAGGAGAGGUGUACACGUGGGGCGACAAUGAUGAGGGGCAGCUGGGGGAUGGCACCACCAAUGCCAUCCAGCGACCGAGAUUGGUGGUUGCCCUGCAGGCCAAGAAGAUAACGCACGUGGCAUGCGGCUCGGCGCACACGCUGGCAUGGAGCACGGACAAGCCCGUGUCGGCCAGCAGGCUGCCGGCGGGCACGCCCCUGGAGUACGACCUGGUGCACGAGCUGGCCCUCCCGGCGCUGCGCAACAGGCUGGUGCUGCUGCACCACUUCUCGGAGCUGUUCUGCCCCGUGGUCGCCAUGUUCCCUGCGCAGGGCGAGGGCAGUCUGGACCAGCUGCGGGCCAUUCUCGUGUCCUCCACCAAGGAGGCCACCUUCAAGAAGGUGGUGCAGGCUACAAUGGUGCGGGACAGGCAGCAUGGACCUGUCAUCGAGCUGAACAGGAUACAGGUGAAGCGGUCUCGCAGUAAAGGGGGCCUUGCGGGCCCUGAUGGCAUCAAAUCUGUGUUUGGCCAGAUGGUAACCAAGAUAUCGCUCCUCACCCAGGAGACGCUCUUCCUGCCACACAGGGUCUGGAAAGUGAAGUUUGUGGGUGAGAGUGUGGACGACUGCGGGGGCGGCUACAGCGAGAGCAUCACGGAAAUGUGUGAUGAACUGCAGAACGGCUCCUUACCUCUGCUCAUUGUCACUCCCAAUGGUCGUGAUGAGGCCGGUACGAACCGGGAUUGUUUCCUUCUCAACCCGAUGGCCAGGAGUUCGCUGCACAUGAACAUGUUCAGGUUCCUAGGAGUGCUGAUGGGAAUAGCGAUCCGCACAGGAAGUCCACUGAGCCUAAACCUUGCUGAGCCUGUGUGGAAGCAGUUGGCAGGCAUGUCACUCACCCCUGCAGACCUCACGGAGGUGGACAGGGACUACGUUCCAGGUUUGCUGUGUAUUCGUGACAUGGAGCCUGACGACAAAGUAUUCCAGACUUUGGAAAUGCCGUUUUCCACACCGUCAGCAUUCGGGAAUGAAGUUUCACUGUCGACUCGUUACAGGCGAAUAAUGCCAGAGAACAGACUGGAAUAUGUGAAACUUGCACUGAACUACAGGUUGCACGAGUUUGACGAGCAGGUGCAGGCAGUGAGGGAGGGCAUGGCGAGAGUUGUGCCCGUGGCGCUGCUGUCUCUGUUCGGCGGGUACGAACUGCAGACCAUGGUGUGUGGGUCGCCGGACAUCCCUCUGGCGCUGCUCAAGUCCGUAGCCACCUAUAAAGGAAUUGAUGCCAAUGCACCACUUGUUCAGUGGUUCUGGGAAGUCAUGGAAGAGUUCACAAACCAAGAACGAUCUCUCUUUCUGAGGUUUGUGUGGGGGCGUACCAGACUGCCUCGUACCAUAGCUGACUUCCGUGGCAGAGAUUUUGUCUUGCAAGUGCUCGACAAAUACAAUCCGCCAGAUCAUUUCCUACCAGAAAGCUACACUUGCUUUUUCUUAUUGAAAAUGCCUCGUUAUUCCUGCAAGGUUGUUCUGCGAGAGAAGCUGAAGUAUGCUAUUCAUUUCUGCAAGUCUAUAGACACUGACGAGUAUGCCAGGGUUGCUAUGCCAGGCAGUGGUGCAGCUUCCAGCAAUUGUGAUAGUGAUGAACUGGACAGCAUAGCCAGUGACGGGCUUGGCUCUGUCUGAUUACUGUAAAUAUGUUCAAGGUAAUUUAUGCUGUAUGAUUAUUUAAAUGAUCCGGAUCACAUCAUUCUUAACUCAAGACGUACUUAUUUAAUUAGUUUGUGCAAAUUGAUCUCAUAGUAUUUGAAGCACAUUGUGUAGUUUUUUUGUACAUUAGUUCUUUUAUUAAUCUAAUUUCCAUUGUAUUCAUAAAUUGCUCUACUAUGACAUACUGUGCAUUUAGAAUACAUAUUUAGAAACUUGGCUGUUUAAAAGCUGUAACAUUUAAAUAUAACUGUUAUUUAUGUCUAUGUACGCACACAAAAUUGUUAUAAAAAAUACAGUUCUCCUGUAGUAUG